UGCAUCACAACGUGUUUCGUUGUCCUAACUUUGUCAAUUAUGAACUUUUUUUGAUCAUCGUGACUGUUUCUUGAACUAUUUCUUAUUUUGCAGAACUGUUUAUGUGAUUAUAUUUAAGCUGUUGUAAUGUUAUAGUGAAGUGACUGUACGAGUGACAUUAUCGAGGUUUUAAUUAAAUAUAUAAAGAUGAUGAUGGAUCAGGCACACUUCGGAGAAUAUAUUCUAAGGCAGCAAAUGUUGCACGCCGCAUCUUUGAGUAGUCUACAGCACCGUGUUGGCGCAGACGCAGAACCACCCGCGUGCGAGGCGAGACUCCUCAACGGUGAUCUGUGGAGACGUUUCCAUGACAUCGGCACUGAGAUGAUAAUCACAAAAGGGGGAAGACGCAUGUUUCCAUCGCUGCGCGUGUCUCUAAGCGGUCUUGACCCCCGCGAGGAGUACUGCGUGUUACUUGAACUGUCGUUGGUUGGACGUCGUCGCUGGCGCUGGGCGGGUGGAGCAUGGGCGGCCGCUGGAGGCGCUGAACCUCAAUCACCACGCCGUCUCAUGUUACACCCAGACUCCCCUGCUCCAGGACACCACUGGACAGCAAACCCUGUCUCGUUUAGCAAGCUUAAGCUGACUAAUAACACUAUGGAUGCACAAGGCCACAUGGUACUAACAUCCAUGCACAAGUAUCGACCACGCGUGGUAGUCGUGCGCGCUCGUGAUGCCGCAGCGCUGGCCUGGGGCGCGCCGCACGCCUCAUUUUCAUUCCCUGAGACCGAAUUCAUUGCGGUCACUGCCUACCAGAACGACCGAAUAACUAAAUUAAAAAUAGAUAACAAUCCCUUCGCAAAAGGUUUCCGCGCGUGCGGACAGUCAAAGUGCAAAAGGAAGAAUAUUGAGACAGAAAACGGUAGUACAGAAGCACAGAACGAGUCUUCGGACGCGAAACGCCCAUGUUCCGAUGCUGCGUCUUCUUGCUCAGAGGAGGGAAGCCUGCGUUCAUCUUCACCACGGUCACCACCACUAGUGGAGUCACCAGCUCCGCUUGUCUCUCCACCAGAGAACAUAAUACCUCCUUCCACAUUCUACCCACCAGAACUACCAUACAUGCACCCCCUUCAUAUGCCAAUGCCUCUAGGAAUGUGGCCCACGAAUACGAUAUCCGGUGGUUUCUUGGGAUCCUCGUGGAGCUCAGUCCCCCCACCGCCACCUAGUAUUCCAACGCCCUCAAACCCGCCCGCUCCUUGUCGACGUAUUAAAAGCUUUACAAUCAGCGCCAUCCUUGGCGAAGGCUGAUGAUCCUAAUAGAUAUAAACGACGGGCAUAAUUCGCAAUAUUUACAUUGGUCUGUAAAUAUAUUAGAUAGUUAUAAUUUUGAUGACGAGUACUCCUUAAACCUACCUCGAGAACUUAAAACGAUAAGGGUCGAUAUAUUUUGUAUGUGAUAAAAGUGCCUUAAGCAAACUUUAGUAGUUUAAGAAAAAGAUAUAAUUAUAUCAUUAAAAUAUA